UUUUAUUUGAAGAAAUUUGUGCUGCAUUAAAAUGGGUGAUACGCGAAACGAUACAUUUUUAGAUGAAGAUUUUGAGACCUAUUUGAAAAAAAUGAGUUGCCUGGCCGUCAUGCGUGUCGAAUAUGACGAACGCUGUGAAUUGGCACGCGGAGUUGAGGAUUGCAAAAAUAUAAUCAAUUUGUUCAACUACUUCGAGAUGAUGUAUUGCAAAUUUCACAUUUCAAACAAGACAACGGAGAUUGCUGUUAUGUGCAUAUUUAUGUUGGGCGUGUUGGGCUUCUUGAUGUUGAUGGGUCAUGUGGUAGGGACAUAUUUCGGACCUGCUCUAAAGAUAUUGUCAAAAAAAAUGCAUAUGAGUGAGUAUUUAGCAGGAGCUACAUUGCUAGCAUUCGGGAAUGCUUCGCCAGACAUAUUUGCAAAUCUGAUGCCCAUAAGAGCCGAUGCGGCAAUUUUUACAAUUACCAUAGGCAAUGCCGUUUCUAUAAUCCUAAUAAGCGGUGGCACAGUGUGCUUCCUUAAACCAUUUAAAAUGAACGGACAUAGCACUGUACGGGAUCUUUUGUUCCUUUUACUUGCUUGCGAAAUCUUAAGAUUUGUGGUUUUCUUUGGCGGCAAGGUCACAAUAAUUGAAAGUAUCAUUUUAAUAUCAGUUUACGUCGUUUAUUUAUUUAUCAACAUACUCGACCUAAUUCUAUCCCGAAUAUCGAUAAGAAAACUACAGAAGGACAUCACAACUUUGAAACAGCAGCCAAAUACACUGGAACGUAACCAAAAACUAAUGAAAAAACAGACUGAAUUGUAUGAUUUAGUAAAGGAUGACAGGGUGGAAAUCAAUGAUAAUGAUACCUACAUAUUUGGGUCAAGAAUCAGACGCUCAUCGUGGGGUAAUUCACGACGUUCUUCGACCUACGUUGGCGACAAGCUUAGUUAUGGAAUUGGUACUCGCAAGGCUGAUCCUCGUCCCGCAAUUAUCGAUAUCGAAGCGACGCGGACCAUAUUGCAUAAUGAAACUAAUCCCAAAAACCUAUAUUUGUUUAAAGAAUUCUUUGAAAGUCUAGUACCCAUUGAUUUAGAUGAGUGGUCCACAAGAGGUUGUUUUGGCCGUUUUAUUAUAAUUCUUCGGUCGCCUAUAGUCUUUGUCUAUACAGUAUUUGUGCCAGUCAUUGACUAUGAGCUCGACAAGCACGGCUGGAGCAAGCUGCUUAACUGUACACAGAUAAUAACUAAUCCCGCUAUACUAAUCACAAUAGUGCACUCUAUGCUGAAAUGGACCUACGACUCUUGGUACAUAAGACUGAACUUUGAUUAUUCCCAGUAUUCUUUAUGUAUUACAGUUCCAUUGGCAAUCAUCGUGUUCUGGCAUUCCCGCACAGAUCUCCCACCUCCAUAUCACUUUCUCUUUGUUAUUCUAAGUGGAAUUAGCUCCAUGAUCACGAUUCUGGUUUGUGCCACCGAAAUCGAAGUGCUCUCCAGCAUUGUGGGAAUUGUCUUCAAUCUAACGGCCAACUAUAUGGCCAUUACAUUUGGCUCUCUCGCCAAUGCCACUAGCGAUAUGAUGGCUAACGUGGCAUUGGCAAUGCAGGGCUAUGAAAAAAUGGCCUAUGCUGCCAUUUUCGGCGGCCCUUUUUUCAGCAUGCUGGUCGGUAUGGGUGUGGCCUUUUACUUCAAUAAGAAUGUACGUGAAAAAGGCUCAUCAUUUUGGUUAUACGGUGAACAUGGAGAGAACUGUUAUGUUUUCCUAGUGAUAACUAUAGUCUGCACUUUAUGGUGGCUUUUUACUUUCAAUUUCUUUGCUCGUCGUUCGGCUGGCCUGUUCUCAUAUCUUUUGUAUUCCAUAUUUUUGCUGUACGCAACGCUCAUUGAACUGGACUGGGUACACGAAUUUGCGGACGAUCAGAUGUUUGAUCCAGAGUAAAAAUAAUAUAAAAAAAAUACUUCCAUCAAAAAAAACUGAACAUAUCAAAAACAAUUGCAAAACAGGGCCCAAGUGCCGUGCGAAAUCUUGACGUCGAAAGAACACUCCUAUCAAGAAUCGAAUAUGCAUUUGGAAGAACUUGACUAUCGCUUUAAUUUUUAACCGUUACGAUUUUAUUUACAAAAUUGUCCUUUAUUUCAUAAUAUUUUUUUGACUUUCUGAAUAAACCAGAAACAGCUUACA